GUAUCCGAAGCACGCAAAGCAAGAGCAGGGGUGCCGGGAUGGCUUGUUAGCUGACUAGGGCGGAUUCAGACGACCAGUGCACGAUGAGCGCAGCUCUUGCCAACUCAAAGCCUUGCAUAUUUUGUUUGCACAUUAAUAUAUUUAGUGCCAUACUCGCUGUUUAUUCCUAAUUUCCUUAGCAUUGCCGCUUUCGCGCUCUUUCCUCCUCUUCGUCUAGGAGUCCGCCCAGCAUGUCUGGGUUGGCACAUGCACCAUGAAAGGUCAUAGCAAUUAACCAGGAGACCAAAGCUUUGUUGGAUCCACGCCCGAAAUUUUGAGCGAAAGAAUGGCUCAGGUGGACGUGCCCACGCUUCUGUCUCGCCUGGGCGAGUCUGUUGCUCGGAAUGCGGGCAUUCCUGAUGCAGAAAUAGCUGCUCGGCGGUCCUACACACUAAGAAUGAUGGUGGGGAUCAUGGGGGGCUCUGCCUACGCCCGGAGUGCGCUGGAGAGCGGUGGCGACUACAUGGCGCUCGCCACCGGGUUCGUCAAGGAGCUGGAGGCAAACGGCGCUCCACGGGACAGGAUCAAGCUCGUCCAGGAGUGCUGUAGCCGGCUGACAGCGGCCGGGGGCAAGCCGGGCCUCUCACCGCACGCAGCCACGGCGCUGCUGGUGCUGCUGCGGCGGCUCAACGGCUCCCUGGGUACGCGCGCGCCACCGCCGAUCAGCCUCACAAAGGCAGUGCAGCUGGGCGGUCUGCCGGCCGUCUACCCGGCGCUGCCCCAGCGCCCUGGCUCCCGCCAAAACUUAGAUUCCGUGUCUCGGCCCAUGUCCGCUGUGUCGUACGCGGGCUCGCUGCCCCCGGGCCAGCACGCGGCGCGGCCCACCAGCGUGCUGACGCCCUCGGAGCAAGGUGAAGACCCCUCGCAGCUGCUGUCCGCGGAGAUGAGCCGUGCGUCGCUGUUGAAUUCCACCACCGGCGACCUCGUCAGCGACUUCUACUUUGCCCGGGGCGCCGGCGCGGGGGGCCGUGCCGAGCCCGCGACCAUCCCGGCCACGUCAGAGCCGUCGCUGGUGCGGGACGUGCUGUACGCGGCGCAGGGCGUGUCGGGCCGGGCUGUGGGCUGGGUGGAGGCGGGGGGCGACGACGUGGGGUCGGGGUUCCGCCCCGACCAGGGCCGCGCCGAGGGGCUGGGCGUGGCGCGGACCAUGCUGCUGGAGCGGCUCACCGAGCUGGGCUGGCUGUUCAGGCACGUGCGGCGGCAUGUGGAGGAUAGCAGCGCCGAGGAGGGCGCCGUGCGGCAGGCACUGGGCGCGGCGCUGGCAGACGAGCUGGGCGAUUUCUUUCGGCUCCUGGCGCUGCUGGAGGCGCAGGCGGCGCUACCGCUGCCCACACCAGGCGACACCGCUGCUGCCGAGGACCAGUACCUCACGCUGCGGCGGCUGCUGUGCUGGCUGGCAGAGCCCACUCGCCGCAUGCGGCUGCUCGCCACCGUGGCUGACGCGGGCGAGGGGCUGGGCGGCGGCGCGCUGGCAGGCGCCGUGUACGAGUUCAGCCGCCACGGAGACCCCUUCGUGGCGGCGAACGCCGCCAAGCUGCUGCAGCAGGUUUGCGUGCCGCUGUACGGCAUGAUCCGGCGCUGGGUGCUGGAAGGCAGCCUGGCGGACCCACACGGCGAGUUCUUCAUCGUGCAGCACGCCGCCGCGACCGCCGUCAACGCCGCGCUGCGCGAGGCCGUGGGCGCGGCGGGCGCGGCGGCUCUGGCGCCGCCCAUGCUGGACCUGUGGCGCCAGAGCUACGGGCUGGAUGAGACGCGGCUGCCGCCGUUCAUCGGAGCCUCGCUGGCGCAGCGCAUCCUGCGCGCAGGCAAAGCCAUCCACUACCUAAAGCAGGCCUGCGGCGACGCGGGCUGGGUGCAGCAGCGCGCGGAGGAGUGCGCACGCUCGCCGCCCGCUGCAGCCUACGCAGCCGGCUCUGGCGAGCUGGCAAGCCUUGACGCGCUGGUGUCGGAGGCGGUGCGCUCCGUUGACGCCCGACUGCUGGAUGUCAUCUGGCGCCGCCACCGGCUGCGCGCACACUUCGCCGCCAUCCGCCGCUUCCUGCUGCUGGGGCAGGGCGACUGGGUCACCGCCUUCAUAGACCUGGCCCAGCGCGAGCUGGACAAGGGCGCGGGCGACGUGAGCGAGGUGCAGCUGAACAGCUGCCUGCGCCAGGCGUUUACUGCGACCAACGUCGUCGGGGGCAGCAGUGGCGCGGUGGGCGGAGGCGCCGGCCGCGGCGCGCUGGCCACGCUGUCGGGCUCGGGCGUUGGAGGCGAGGAGGACAGCGAGGAUGACAGCGGCGUGGUGACCCUGCUGGCGGAGAAGCUACGAGUCAAAAAGGAGCGCGCGGCAGGAGCCGGCGAGGUGGGCUGGGACGUGUUCAGCCUCACCUACAACCCGGCCGCCGGCCUGCCUGCGUCCAUGCUGGGUGCCGGCGCCGGCGCCGGCCCGCAGCCCACGCCCGCGCCCACCUCGGGCGGCCCGCUGUCGGCGCUGUUCACGGCGCAGGCCAUGCUGUCGUACGGCCGGCUGGCCAAGCUGCUGUGGCGCAUGAAGCGGUCGGAGCACGCGCUGUCGGCCACGUGGGGCGCGGCGGCGUGCGGGCUGCAGCGCACGGUGGACAAGAUGGGCCGGGACGGCGCUCUGGCCCAGCCGGUGCUGGCGCAGCUGCUGCGGCUGAGGGCCGAGAUGAGCCACUUCGCCACCAACCUGCAGUACUACAUCCAGUUUGAGGUCAUGGAGGCCUGCUGGCAGGAGUUCUACACGCGCGCCGCCUCCUGUGCCGACCUGGACUCCCUCAUCACCGCACACGAGGAGCACUUGGCCAAGCUGCUGCGCAAGGCGCUUCUGGAGGGCGGAGGCGGAGGAGGCGCGGGCGGGGCCGGCGAGCCGGGGCCCAGCGCCGCCGCGCUGCGUCGCGCGCUGCAGGACGCCCUGGCCAACAUGGUGGGCCUGCGCGCGGUGGCGGCGCGGCUGGAGGAGGCGGUGGAGGGCGGCGCGCGCAAGCUGCAGACGCGCACCGCCGCGGCGCGGCAGCGGGUUGCGCGCGGCGGCUGGGGCGUGCAGGCGCCGGCGGCGGGUGCCGGCGAGGAGCCGGUGAUUGACACGAGGGUGCUGCGGGACAUCCGGCGCACGCUGAGUGACCUGGCGGCGCAGCACCAGCGGGCGGUGGGCGAGUUCACCGAGAACCUGCCGGAAGAGGCCCAGGACGACGUGCGCUUCCUGCUGGCGCGGCUGGACUUCAGCGCCAAGGGCGUGCAGGCGGGGCCCGCAGCAGCCGCAGGCGGCGCCGGCGGCUUCGGCGGAGGUGGUCCCUUGGCGCUCGCAGGCGCGGUCCGCGUGUGAGGGACAUCGACAUGUGGAGGCGGAUGGGCUGAUGGUAGUUGGUAGUUGGUGUGGAGGUCGGCGGCUGUGUGGGAAGGGUUGCAACGGCGUGGAGGGCUGCACGGGCCUAAGUAGCGCGGAGAAGUGUUGCAAGCAAGCUGCAAGAUGGCCUAGACGGCCAGGAUCUGAAGGGCAUGCACGUUCGCCUGUCCACAGCAUAACACCAAGGUGCCUGCCUUGCUGGUCAUGCGGCAGGGUGCCAUGCUGGUGACGUGUUAGGUAGAUGGGUUCCUGAUGGAAGCGUUUCUGACGCGCAAGCUGCGCGUGGUGCGCUUUGGCUGCGUGCGCACACAUAGUGUCCAUGCUGAAGUGAUGCCCUGAUUGCCCUGCGCCCUGCUGGUCACGCUCCGUGUGCAAGGAUAGGUGGUGACAGGCUCCACAAUAGGCUGCUCGUGAUGGAACAUGGCAAGGGGCAGGAAAGCGUAGUCCCGAUGUGUGUGGCUCCCACCCGUGCCCACAUAAAUGCGUAGCAAGAAGGGACAAGGCAUUGGUGCGUCGUUCGCGCGCUGUUACUGUACCGACGGUAGCUGGCAGGUUGUGUCGAUGUUUUGCUGACGCGCAUUCCUCACGCUCCGGGCGCCCGGCCAAGGCGAUAGCACCACACAGACUCAAUGCGACGCCACACCGCGCGGAUAGCAUAGCCGAUGCGCACCUGCAGGCAGUCGACCGGCGUCCACGGAUGAGCUCCACAAUAGGCUGCACGACUGCAGGGCACUUGAAUCUUGCGAGCCAAGCGAGCCAUGGGUGGGCUCGUGAGCAGCUGGGGAGCCACGUGGGAGGUUUCGAAUAACCAUUACGUCCGUCCCCGCUGUUUAUCGUAUGGUGCCGUACGUAUCAUUCUUGCCAUGAGCCGCGCUUGCAGCUGGCCUGCUGCGCCUGGCAGCGUGCCUCCCUACCGUGGGGGCGAUUCAAUGUAAGAAGCCACGCCA